ACGGAUGUCAGAAGCUUCAUAAGAGUCCGCAUUGUUGCAAAUAUUAUAACAACCCUGUUAAAUGAAAGCAGCUGAUUGCGCGUUUCAUACAAAAUAUAUAAAGUUAAAAAUUUUUUAUUUGUGCAAUACUUUUCUAUAUAAGAAAUUUAAAGAAUAUAAUUAGAACUUGUAUGGUUCGCAAGUGUCACUCAACAACAUCAGCGAAUACAAAAGCAGAUAACGUUUCAAAUGAAGAUGAUAUAUCGCAGGACAAUAAUCCCGAACUAUGGGAUGACUUCACCAAAGAAUUUAUGAAAAAUCGAAUUGAGUUAACACCACUUCAAAAAUUUAUACUAUGUACUGGAUCUUCGCUUGCCGCCAUUUUAGAUCCUAGAAGGCACGAUAUGAUUGCUUGUCUUGGAGAAACAACUGGAGGAUUUGCAUUAGAAAACAUUUUACAAGAAAUGAAGUCCAAUGAGGAGGGUCAAAGAAUACUCACAUUAAGACCACGCAUCAAUACAAAAACCGUUGAUCUUGAUAAAUUACGUUCCCUACCAGAAAAUAAAUUUGGAUAUGCCUAUGUAAAAUUUUUGGAUCAUAACAAUGUAACGCCAGAUUCACGAAUGGAAGUUCGUUUUAUUAAUAAUCCAGAGUUAGCCUAUGUAAUGACACGAUAUCGAGAAUGCCACGAUUUGGUACACGCGAUAUUAGAUAUGCCCACAAAUAUGUUAGGCGAAGUGACAGUAAAAUGGAUAGAAGCUUUAAAUAACAAUCUACCAAUGUGCUAUGCUGGGGCAGUUUUCGGAGCAAUGCGUUUAAGGCCCAAGCAACGAAAAGAAUACGUCAAUCGUUAUUUACCAUGGGCUGUAGAAAAUGGCAAAAAAAUGAAACCAUUAAUGCCAAUAUUUUGGGAGGAACGUUGGGAGCAAAAUACAGACGAUUUACGUAAAGAAUUAAAUAUAACACCAUUAAAAUAA